AUGCCUCCCAGGUAUCUUCGGGACUACCGAACCGAACUUUACGGCCAGCCUCCUAAACAUUUUAGUCAAUGUGCAGAACCUGCUGCAGAAACCUCAGAGACUGUUUUAUUGAGACAAGAAGUGGCACAAUUAAAGAGCAUGAUGAAGGAUUUACACGAGAGAGUUGAACAGUAUGAACAUGGCUACUCAGAAGGAGAUUCUGAAGAGGAUUGUCACCCCCGAACAACUCAAUCAUCGCCAAACCAACCAGUAACUUCCGUCCCAGCCCCACAGUGUGAAAAGUCCAUGUCUGAACCCAACCUAACAGAAUCAGUACCUGCAUUGCCACCUGGAAAAAUGUCUCAGUCUGUUCAGACCCUUUUCCCAUAUGCUCCCACACUCUCUGCAGCACAAGGUGAACCUAAGAGACCUGCUCCUUUUCCACAAUUAAGAAAUGAGUCCCCAAUCCAAGUACCAUCAGGUUCACUUCCAUCAGCCUCCCUAACUAAUGUGCCAUUCCAGCAAGCUUAUUCCAACCCUGAGCCUCAAAGAUUCAUCCCCUCAGUGUCACGUCCGGGGCCUCUCAUACCCACAACUGCUAGUCUGCCUCCUACUGACCCUCCUUUUACCAGGCCAGUAAUCAACCCUCCUAUAACAUUAACAGCACAGCCUAUGCAAAUACCACUCAAUGUUAAUGUUACACAGCCAUCUUAUGGCCCUCAUAGCCAAAUACAAUCAACCCAGAGGCCUCCACUCCAGCCGUAUACCAUUCAUCCAACGCCUAUACCUCCACCUCAAGUCUCAACCAAUCCUCAGCCAUCUGCUCACCAUCCAAGUCCUGUAG